AUGCUAUCUUUAAGACUGAAAGGUUUCAUUCUUCCUUCGUCGGUGUUAAGAAAGAAAAAAAAAACUAUAACAAGAAGAGGUACCGAGGAAAACUCUGAUUCUUACAAACCAAUCCGUAUCACAUCCAUAAUAGAUUUUACCUUCACUUAUUCCACUCAAUCGGCCCCUCAGGCAAGCCUUGAAACGAAACGGAGCAAACAGAAAUCAUGGAGGGAUACAAAGAAAGCUUACAGUCAACCUGCUCUCAAUGGAAGCCCCGGUUUCUCAAUCCAUGAAGAAGAAGGUGAUGUCAUAUUUUCCCCUGUCAGACGACUGGAAUUUUCUUCUGUUCUCUCAUCCAAGAAAACUGUCACAGACACUCUCCAUGACCGACAGUCACUACCUGUUCAAGGUAUUGACUCUCUCGACAAAGAGGCUUUCUCGUUACUCCUACAAGUACCAAAUCAAGAUGAUCAGCCUUUGCUCCAAAAUAGAAAAACACCCGCAGAUUCUGUUAAUAGCUUGCCAGACCAAGACAAACAACAGCUUGAUGAAAAGGAUCAACAAGCUUAUCCCUUAAAACAUGAAUCUAAUGUUCCUGCAUUAGCAACGCAAGAGCACCGGUAUCCUGCUGAUGGUAGAAAUAAACAAACAGUCAAAACAAUUGUCAGUAACUCUAGCCAGUCUGUGCAAAGUCCCUUUCUACCAACAUAUCCGACCAAUUUACGACCUGGCUUGUCUUACCCUCCUCUUGUUCGGUCAGUUCCCUAUGGGGCUGAGAUGGAGGAAAAGAAUCGUUCCAAACCCCAAGUGAUCAUGAGUCCUGUCUCGAAUAAUUCAUCCAAACCAAAAUGCCUAUCAAACGUUUCAGACAGUGUUAACCUACCUGAGCCAAAGGAACCUUCGAAUGACGACCGUUCACAGUUCAGCCCUAAAACACUGCUGACUGUUGUACCAGAUCGAACAAAGUUCAUGCAGGGUGGCUCGAAAGGGGACAUUGAAGCAUGUCCCCGCCCAGAAGACAUGCCUGGAGGGGCUAUGCAUGAAAUUCAACUGCUGCGGAGUCAACUACAAUCUGCCAUUCAGGUGCCUCUGAAAUGUCAAAUCGAUACGGAUCUCUUUGACUACAGCCAGAAUGGCACUGGGCCUGACUGUCAGUCUGACCAACUCCUGUCUGUAGUAUCUGACAUUCCUUCCAUUUCUACCGUCGAUGCCAAAGACAAUCAUGGGUGCAAUGCAAACACACAACACCAUUGGUUGGAAAAUGGGAAUGGGCCUGCUGAUUCCCUUGUUCUCUCUCUCUCUCGUUAUCUUUCUCAAUUUCUCUCUCUCUCUCUCGUUAUCUUUCUCAAUUUCUCUCUCUCUCUCUCGUUAUCUUUCUCAAUUUCUCUCUCUCGUUAUCUUUCUCAAUUUCUCUCUCUCGUUAUCUUUCUCAAUUUCUCUCUCUCGUUAUCUUUCUCAAUUUCUCUCUCUCGUUAUCUUUCUCAAUUUCUCUCUCUCGUUAUCUUUCUCAAUUUCUCUCUCUUAUCUUUCUCUUUCUCUCUAGUUUUCUUUCUCUCUCUCGUUAUCUUUCUCAAUUUCUCUCUCUCGUUAUCUUUCUCAAUUUCUCUCUCUCGUUAUCUUUCUCAAUUUCUCUCUCUCGUUAUCUUUCUCAAUUUCUCUCUCUCUCUUUAUCUUUCUUUCUCAAUUUCUCUCUCUCGUUAUCUUUCUCAAUUUCUCUCUCUCGUUAUCUUUCUCAAUUUCUCUCUCUCGUUAUCUUUCUCAAUUUCUCUCUCUCGUUAUCUUUCUCAAUUUCUCUCUCUCGUUAUCUUUCUCAAUUUCUCUCUCUCUCUUUCUCAAUUUCUCUCUCAAUUUCUCUCUCUUUCUCUCUCUUAUCUUUCUCAAUUUCUCUCUCUCUCUCUUUCUCAAUUUCUCUUUCUUAAUUUCUCAAUUUCUCUCUCUGUUAUCUUUCUCAAUUUCUCUCUCUCUUAUCUUUCUCAAUUUCUUUCUCAAUUAUCUUUCUCUUCUCUCUCUGAUUAUCUUUCUCAAUUUCUCUCUCUCUCGUUCUCUCACUGUCUUUCUUGUUUUUUCUCUCUCUUUUGGCUGAUGGACUAUGCAAACAAUGGCUUAGUAGCCGACGAGUCUAACCAGCAACUUUUGGAGCCAAGCUCCAGUAGUAGCAGUACCACUACCACUGCCAUGUUAACGGCACCUGUUAGUCAUUCCCUUCAAGCUGGACAUUACCGGCAGUUGCCUCUGACCAACCACACCCAGUAUGCUGCUUAUUUGGAUAACAUCAAAUUAAAAGAAGAGUUAGAGAAAGAACGCUUCCGGAGAAGGCAUUGUGAGAAAUACAUCGAACAACUUAAUGCCAAGAUGCUUGAUGUUCAAGAACAAUUAGCAAUUGCAGUGUCCGCAAAUCGUAAGAAAGAAAUCUUGGUGGAGCACCUUGACAAACAACUUGGGAAGAUAAUAAAGAAAAAAUCAUUUCAAGAUCAAAUCAUUGAUGACCAAAGAAAGCUAACCUCAAAAAUGAGAGAUGAUUUUUCGGAUGUCAUGGAAGAAUUAAACAAAGAGAAAGAGAAAACUUCCAGAGUGAUUCAUAAGUUGGAAGAAAUGGAAUCAAAUGAAAAGUCUUUGGAGAAACAAUUAUUGAAUGAAAAAGAACAAAAUCAAGGAAUGGUCGAAGAAUGGGAAUACCAGAGUGAACGAUUACGAACGUCUGAGAAAUUACUGAACGAUCUUAACCACCAACUAGAAGAGGAGCAAGCAAAAAGUAUUGAAAGAGAACAAGAAUUGCUGAAGAAAAUUGAAGAAAUUACUGAAAGUCACAGAAACUUGCAGGAAAAAGAAAAGGAGCAGGCAGAAGAAUUAUUGAAUAAAGUUUCUGAAUCUGAAACAAAAAUUCAUUCACUGGAAAAAGAAUUGUCAGAAUUGAAACUGAAACUGGAAAACGUCUCAAGAGAAAAUGAGAGUUGGAAACUUGAAAUUGGUAUCAUCGAAGCCAAACAUGAAAAUAACCAAAAGCAAUUGGAAACUCGUCUUGAAUCUCAAAUGGAAAAAGAGAUUACUGCCAUUAUCGAAGAUGUCCACAAGAAGCGGGAAUCUUUUGAGAAUCGUCUGCAAGAGGAACACAAACAGCAGAUCAUCAGCUUGAAUGAACAUCACUCGGUCGAGUUAAAUGCCCUCCUUCAAAAAUAUCAGGGAGAUCUGAAACACAAGGACCAGAAAUUUUUUGCACAUCUACAAAAUCUGGAACAGACAAUAAAAUCAUUGAGGGAUGAAAAUACAAGUUUGAAAAUUUUAAACCAACGGCUCGAAUCUCAGAGAACUGAAGCGUUGAAUAAAUUUCAAAAUAUAAUGCAGCUACACUGGAAUGAAGCCAUUUCUAUAUUGGGUGGUUCAACAAAUGUUGAUUCUCAGGCCUUUAGUGAAGUAAUGGAACAUAGUCCAGAGUCUGUGACAUCUGAGGAAGCACCAAUUCCUCCACCCUCAUUCCCUGUCAAAGAACCCGUGCGAUGUAUGUCUGCUGAUCCAAAUCAAGUGCAUCCCCACCCCCAGACAAGCAGCCCCAAAAAGGAUGCUCUAAAUAUUUCUUCAUUCACUGUCAGCAGUGAACAAAUUAGUACAUUGGCCAAUGGUCACCGCAGGCCAAAGCCUCCCAGUGAAGCAAACGUAACAGAUGUUGUGCCAAAUUAUUUGAAGAUUGUAAGAGAAGAAAAUUUGAAAAGAAACCAUGCUCUUCAGAAUUCUGAAAGAGUCCACAGAAUUAAAGAUGUACGAGAGAGUUCCAAAUCACAGUGUCUUGAAAAACAAGAUCUAACCUUACUAGAACCAGAUGCAAACAUUUUGUGGUAUGAAAAAGACAGUCUCCAACCUAGUUUCAUCCAGACUGGACCCUAUAUGACGGCUGUGCCAAUGCAACCACCCAUUCAGCAAGACCUACAGAACCACAUGCUGACCACAGCGCACCGGCCAGUCAAUAACAAAACAAGUGACCAUGACACCAGAUUGACAAGUGCUGACCAACAAAUCCAAAAUGUAGAAUAUUGCCCUGACACUUCAUUGACCCCACCCAUUAAACAGAGCAGCCAACCGAAAGAUGGAGACCAAAGUGGCGUCUUUGUGGAAGCAUCAAAUCUUCCUUCACAUUUGGUGCAUCAUGGUUAUCUCUCGCCACCACUUCCUCACUUGGUGGGGCAUAAUCUUCAAUUUCUUCUCUCUCUUUUUCCUUUUAUUCUGUGUCCUUUUCUUUCUUUUACUUUGUCCUUCCACCUCUUUCUCUCUCGAGUUUUUACUUUCCAUCCUCUCCCUCCCUCCCUCUGUCUCUCUCUCUGUCCCUCCCUCUGUCUCUCUCUCUCUCUCCGUCCCUCCCUCUGUCUCUCUCUCUCUCUCUCUCUCCCCCUCCCUCUGUCUCUCUCUCUCUCUCUGUCCCUCCCUCUGUCUCUCUCUCUCUCUCUCCGUCCCUCCCUCUGUCUCUCUCUCUCUCUCCGUCCCUCCUCUCUCUCUCUCUCUCUCUCCGUCCCUCCCUCUGUCUCUCUCUCUGUCUGUCUGUCUUGUCUCUCUCCCUCCUCUGUCUGUCUGUCUGUCUUGUCUCUCUCCCUCCUCUGUCUGUCUGUCUGUCUUGUCUCUCUCCCUCCUCUGUCUGUCUGUCUGUCUUGUCUCUCUCCCUCCUCUGUCUGUCUGUCUCUCUCUCUCUCCGUCCCUCCCUCUGUCUCUCUCUCUCUCCGUCCCUCCCUCUGUCUCUCUCUCUCUCCGUCCCCUCCCUCUGUCUGUCUCUCUCUGUCCCUCCCUCUGUCUGUCUCUCUCUGUCCCCUCCCUCUGUCUGUCUCUCUCUCUGUCCCCUCCCUCUGUCUGUCUCUCUCUCCGUCCCUCCCUCUGUCUGUCUCUCUCUGUCCCUCCCUCUGUCUGUCUCUCUCUCUGUCCCCCUCCCUCUGUCUGUCUCUCUCUCUCUCUCUCCCUCUGUCUGUCUCUCUCUCUCUCUCUGUCCCUCCCUCUGUCUGUCUCUCUCUCUCUGUCCCUCCCUCUGUCUGUCUCUCUCUCUCUGUCCCUCCCUCUGUCUGUCUCUCUCUCUCUGUCCCUCCCUCUGUCUGUCUCUCUCUCUCUGUCCCUCCCCUCUGUCUGUCUCUCUCUCUCUGUCCCUCCCUCUGUCUGUCUGUCUCUCUCUCUGUCCCUCCCUCUGUCUGUCUGUCUCUCUCUCUGUCCCUCCCUCUGUCUGUCUCUCUCUCUCUCUGUCCCUCCCCCUCUGUCUGUCUCUCUCUCUCUGUCCCUCCCUCUGUCUGUCUCUCUCUCUCUGUCCCCCUCCCUCUGUCUGUCUCUCUCUCUCUCUGUCCCUCCCUCUGUCUGUCUCUCUCUCUCUCUCUGUCCCUCCCUCUGUCUGUCUCUCUCCUCUCUCUGUCUGUCUCUCUCUCUCUCUCUCUGUCCCUCCCUCUGUCUGUCUCUCUCUCUCUCUCUCUGUCCCUCCCUCUGUCUGUCUCUCUCUCUGUCUCCCUCUCUGUCUGUCUGUCUCCGUCCCUCCCUCUGUCUGUCUCUCUCUCUCUCUCCGUCCCUCCCUCCCGUCUGUCUGUCUGUCUUUCUGUCCCCCCUCCCUCCGUCUGUCUGUCUCUCCCUGUCCCUCCGUCUGUCUGUCUCUCCUGUCCCUCUGUCUGUCUCUCUCCCUCCGUCCGUCCUGUCUGUCUCUCUCCCUCCGUCCCUCUCUCCCUCCGUCCGUCUGUCUCUCUCCCUCCGUCCGUCUGUCUCUCUCCCUCCCUCCGUCUGUCUCUCUCCGUCCGUCCCUCCCUCCCUCCGUCUGUCUCUCUCUCACUCCCUCUCACUCUCUCUGCAUCUCUCUCACUCUCUCUGCAUCUCUCUCACUCUCUCUGCAUCUCUCUCACUCUUUCACUCUCUCUGCAUCUCUCUCACUCUUUCACUCUCUCUGCAUCUCUCUCACUCUUUCACUCUCUCUGCAUCUCUCUCACUCUUUCACUCUCUCUGCAUCUCUCUCACUCUUUCACUCUCUCUGCAUCUCUCUCUCUCUUUCACUCUCUCUGCAUCUCUCUCUCUCUUUUUCUUGUUCUGUCAUUUUUUCCUUUUUCUCUCUCUCCUCUUUUCUCUCCCCCUCCCUCCCCAAUUCAUUCCCCUCCCCCACAAUCUCACCCAUCUCUCCCUUUCUGUCUCUGCCCUUUAUUCUUUUACUUGUGUCUCACAACCCGGUCAAAACAAAUAUUAAAAGAUGACUACCAGAUUCUUAGUGAACGUUUGAUGCAGCAAAAUUCUCGACAGGAAGAACUGCAGCAUUUUAUACAAAUGCUUCUGAACCGUAUGCCAACCUCAAAGAUUCUCCCUUCAAUGAAUUCUGCGAACCAAGAAUGUGAAGAAAAAAGGAGUGAAUUCCUGCCAGUCGAGGUUGCCAAUGAGAGCAUGAGCAGAAUGAAUGAAGUCAUUAACAUGUCCCAGUCUCAAGAAAAGCCUGAACGUCUUGUGCAGACUCAACAUUUUCCUUUGGAGACUAGCCAACCACAACAACCACCCCCUGCUUCUUCGUAUCAUCCAGGAACCUCUGUAAAUUCAUUCCCAUCAGGACUAACUGCAAGUUCCCUCCAAGACAUUCAGAAUCUUCUUGACAUUUACAAAGCACAGGAAAAUGGAGAAAUCCCUCAACCAAAUUUGAUGCCAAAGAAUGACGAGGAGAAAGGUAUUAGUCACAAGAAACAAGAUAUUUCUGCAAGAACUGUUCAAAGGUCAACCGGAUUUGUUAAACAAUCUGCCAGACCAAACAAGGGAUAUGAAAUGAAAUUGCGAGAGAAAGCUGAUGGUAGAAGGAGUCGGGAUAGCAAACCACAUGAAAGAAAGAAAAUGUUGAAAACCUCUGGUUCUGGCAGCAACAGUAGCAACACGAGCAGUGGCAAUCCAGUUUGGAAAUGA